UUGAUACACGGGAAUGAAUCGAACAAUUUGAUGUGAUGCCUUGUGAUCGGUGAGUUGUGGUUCCUUUACUCAGAUCAGUGAGACCAAACUGUCAUUUUAAAAGGCUAUAAGAAUUUAAGUGGCCAGUGAAUCAGUCAGCCAGGGUGUCUCAAAGUCUCAAUCCCGCUGCAUCACAAGCAGAAGUAGGAGCCUAGGAGGGGGGAGGGGGGUCACGAAGUGGUAAAUUGAGAGAGAAUCUGUAAUUUGUGGGUCAUCUUUCUCGUAGCUGGUAGAUCACAGACCAAGAUCGCGAGUUGAAAUCAAGUCAGACUGAGCUUGAGAAACUCCAUUGAGUUUGGUCUGAGGUGCACGUCGACAGGUCUUCCAUGAUGUCGAGAUUAUCAAUUGGUACGUGGAAUGAAAUGAUGUUUUUGCGUCAGUCGUCACAGGUCCUUCUGAUUGGAUGAUUGAUUAAUUGAUUGUAAACGGUCUGGAUGAUAGCCGUGGCUGUCGAGUACCGUGUGAUUGUCUGUCAGUGAAGCGAUCUGCGGAGCUAGGAAGCGAAAACUUAUGAGAAUUGCUGGUAGUCCAAACACGACCGAUUGGCAUUGCGUUGGCAAAUCUCUGGCUACCAUAUACCGACUGCUGUACCGCUCGAAGAGAAAGUCCUUCCACAUUUGACAAUGUUGCUCGUACCGCACAGCAACUGAACUCCACCUCCUUUCUUACAGCGCAUACAGUGUGCCAAAGUCUACACGCCAAGGUGCUGAGAAAGCUUAUGUAGUGUCCAAGCACAGACGUAAAUGGCUAUUAGAUGGUGAGUAAGAUUCCCAGGAUGGUCCUACAACUGUGGGUAGAAAUUUGGUGGAGAUGAAGCCGGACAUGGAAUUUCGGGUUCGGAGAAGAUGAAUCGCGCUCACAAGCAAGGAGAGUAGCCGGGGAAUUGAAAACAAAAAAAGAACAAUAACAAUGUACAUCGGGAAGAUUGUCUGAAAGAGAUCGAUGUGGAAAUAGUACCGGAUGCGCGAUUCUAUAUCGUGGCUAGGACACUUGAUCUUGUUUUGAUAAUGAAAGCACGGAUGGAUGAACACCACCUGCCACCAGAGGAUCCUUGCCUGGGCAGGAUUGGUCUGGUUUGGCAGUGACGCCAUUCCUUCGUCGGUCUGAAAACUUCGACCAGAUAUAAUCCCAUGCCGCAUGCCGACGACUUUCAUCUUCGAAAACUUCGUGGCUCCUCCAAAAGAUGCCAGAAUAUGCCCCUCAAUUUUAAAUGCCUCGGUCAUGCCAGCAAUUGUAUGCACUUGAGACUAGGGCGAGUACGCGUGAGGGCUGGAGAAGAGGUAUUCGCAGGGAAGAUCGAUUGGAAUCGAUAUUCUGCAGCUAUGAGAGUAAAGCGAGCGAGAAUGGGAUAGAAUCGGGCACUGGGUCAACAGUGCGAGCUGGUGAUAAUUGGCAAUUUACCAGCUCUCGCCACAGUGGCAAGCCAUUGUUAUUCCCGCACCGCAGCAAAGAUGGCACGGUAGCCGAGCUCGCAGAUACGGCAACACAGUCGUUGGAUUAUGGACCUUGGCAUCUCGAGCAGAGACCAACAUUUAUAUGCUGUCAUCUCAAUGAAAGUGUCAUCGGUCGAAUCUCAUCCAGGCGUGCCUCGGUACAAUGCUCGUAUUCGUACUCGGAAAGACACAAACCCCGAGUUUCAUUAUUUGGCUGAGCAAGCGACCACAUCAACACUUCCCAUCAAUACAAAAUAAUUGAACAUCAGGGCUGAAUCAUGCUGCAACAGCUUGCUGUCGGCACUCAAUCCCGUGGAGUGGCGUCGUUGCCAGAAUAAGCAAACAAACAUAGCAUCGCAUUUACAAAUCCAGCAUGGGAUUUGAGAAGUGCACUGGACCGGCGACUCCUCCGUCACGACUUCACGUCCAAUGCAUACCUUGUCUUCCUUUGCAACUGUGGCGCUUUUAUGUGGAACACAGCGUUGGGAACAGUGAGACGUGAUCCACCACGCCGGACCUCAUUGUCCUGGCGAAGCAGAGGUGUCGCAGCGUCUCGUCGGGACGACAUACCUCUUAAGAAUCGCAUUGUAGCAGACCUCGACAUGGCGAUGCAGACAGGCGAUUGUCCAAAAACCUCGGUUGCCGUUUUCUCCGCAACAAAGUGUUGCGACCCAGAUCACGGAGAUUCCUCCUUGGAAGAAGCCGUCAAGUCAAGGGUUGCUCCUGGAGUCUUGAGUCCUGCGCCUGAGGGCUAUAUUUCAUUCGCUCCUGCUGUCCCGGACUUGUAUUCCGGACUGGUAGGAGCGAAUAAAUAUCCACAGACCCAGACGAGAGGAGAUCCCUCCGUCCAUCAUCAAGAGCUGCCCCAUCCGAGAAUUGUUUCUGGGCUGAACUAAAGUGCUAAGCGGUUCUCCCAUUUUCAGCCUUUUUCCGGAAUGGAAUCACAUCUUGAUCGAUCCAACUCCUCCUCACUAUUGUGCCCGAUUGCACGGAAUGCCAAUCCGUACUUAUCGUGCAGCGCACACCGCAGAAUUGACCCAGCCCUACACAUCUGUGGUGACAAUGUCGUAGGCCGUCUUGAGCACAUCGGGUCCUUAUUCCUGGCUCAAUUGUCUUCCCACAAACACUUUCAAAACCUUGUUCCAUUACAAGCUUUCGCUGCAUAGUUCUUACUGAGCUAGCUCGGCCAGGUGCAGUUACCGCGGUUCAAUCCUGGCCUCACUUCCAUCUUCUCGUUGCAUCCAUGCCGCCUAGACAGGAGAAACGUGGACGCGGUCGCGGCAAACGACCAAGGGACGAUGAGGAGCCAAAAUCACCACAUUCUACGGGGUUCUCUGCCAUCAACAGUCCUCCAAUUGCAUCUACUUCACAGGCAGGAUUUGGUCAGCAAUUGCCAAUUGUACAGCGAAGCUCUAGCCAUGUCCCUCCAAGUUCUGACCAAUCUUCGCAGCAAUCGACCCAAGCACCACCUGGCAAGGUAGCCAUUCCAGCCUUGAAGAAUCCUCGCAUCACCGAGUCGUCCAAAGCACUGAAGAAAGGACGGAAUCCACACGCAUGCGAUUUCUGCCGGAAAGCGAAAGCCGGUUGCACCGGAGGAAAUCCAUGCACUCGAUGUUUGAAUGCACACGUCCCGUGUGUCUAUGGCGACGGGAAACGAGACAAGGACAAAAAGAGGAUGACAAAAUUGAGUAAAGAGUCAGUCUCUCUGUCCCGACACAAUGAAGAUGUAGCAGAAGCCCUUCGCCGCAUCCGGCUGGACAUCAAUCUGUCUACUGAGGAUAUCAUGACGGCGAUAGAUGGAGUCCUUCUAAUGGCACCUCAUCCGACAACGCCAGACGAAGAAAAUCACCCUACAACAAGUCGAGAUUCUUCCGACGCCGACGAAGAAGAGCCAAUAAGCGGCAACGAAGACGUUGAUAUGGAAAUAGGCUCAACCGGGUCACUUGAUGUGACCAACGUGAAUACAGAUCGGGAUGAUACACGUGCUACAGGCCACUUGGGUAAGUCGUCAUCGGUAGCAUGGGCAAAGCGAACUGCAGAGGCCUGCCUACCGGAAAUUGAACCAGGAAACGCUAGCAGCAAACCCCCAAAGGGCUUGGGAGUAUCUUCCUACCAUACGGAGGACGGCGAUUUGGAGGAUUUCGAUCUCAGCGACAUUGAUUGUUUUGUUUGGCCAGACCGUAAAUUAGCAGAUGCUUUGGUCUCAUCAUACUUCGAAACAGUCCACAAGUCUCUCCCUCUUGUCGAUAAAUUUAACUUCAUGUCGAAGUACGAGCAAUUUGAUCGCAAUGCACCGACUAUUUCCCCUGAGGAUAUUAUCUGGCUGGGAACGCUGAAUACGAUUUUUGCCAUCAGUGCUGUCUAUGCACACUUGACCAAAAGUCCACAUCGAGACCACUAUUGCGACCAUCUUGUUUUCAUCACCAGGGCGAAGAUACUAUGUCUAGGUCAAGGAUUUCUCUAUGAGGAUGCCAGGGUAUCAACCACUACAGGUCUUGGGUUGUUAUGUCUUUACUUCAUAGCAACUAGCAGGCUUAAUAGGGCUUGGGCGAUCAGUGGACUCGCGAUUCGACAUGCGGUGACCCUUGGAUUGCAUAUACGGAUUGAAGCUGGUGAUCUUUCCGAUUAUGAUAACGAGAAUCGUGUUCGUCUUUGGUGGUCAUUGUAUUCGCUCGAAUGCCUCUUGAACGAACUUACAGGCCGUCCGAGCUGCAUCUCGGACCAGGAUAUCAGCACCCCUCUGCCACUAAACAUUGACGAAGAAGAAUUUCGACCAGGGAAGUCAUUCUAUGGCCGAGCGGAGGACACCCGCCAUGCUUCAGGGCCUCCAAGCCGACGUAGCUCAAGGAGCUCCAAGGAUGGUAUACGACGGCCUUCUGCAACGUACCAAAUGCCUCAUGGGAUUGGUGUACCCUUACCAGCCAAUAACCCUGCCCUAACACUACCGGAAACAACGUCAACCUAUUUCAUUUACCGAACGCAGCUAUCGAUCAUCUCACAUGAGAUUGUGACCCAAGUAUAUUGUGCUGCAACAAUAAAAGAGAGCUGGGUAGAAGUUCAAAAUACCAUCAAAAGAAUCGAUGCUCGCCUCAAAGCGUGGCGAGACAACCUACCGGCCGACUUCACACUUGAUUUUGACCGAUACGUUGAACCAGACUGGGACGAUCCUCAUGCUCUUCCUAGAAUGGGACUCGCGAUGCUUUAUAAUAGCUCCCGUAUGAUCCUCUUUCGACCGUGCCUCUGCAAAUUCGAAGGUCGAAUAUCAACCCAGUCGGAGAAGUCCAUGGAUUUCAACAGACAAGGGGUAGAGAUGUGCAUCCAUUCAGCUCGCACCAUGAUCAAUCUCAUUGGAUGGACGGCUCGUGAUGUUGCGAAAGUCUAUGCUGUUACUCCUUGGUGGCACACUCUUCACUAUCUGUGCGAGGCCUUGUCAGUUCUCAUGCUGGAGUUGGCAUAUCAGGCACAGCAUCUCCCUGCUGAAGCAGGGUACAUUCUAGACGACGCCAAGAAAGGAAUCCGCUGGCUGAUAAUGAUGUCCGAAGAAUCAAUUUCGGCCCGCAAAGCAUGGGAGAUAUUCGACACCUUGAUUCGACUGGUGGCUCCAAGGAUCAACUGGAGCGUCUUCGAUUUACCAACCACGGCACCAACUCCGCUUGGAUUCAAGUGGAGAAAAUGGAGAGCGGUCUCAGGUAAUGCACUCAUUUCUGAGCAACAGAUGCCUCGAACCGAAUCGUUACAACACUUCGCGGAGCUCGACCCGGAACUGGAUCCUAGGACCAGCACACAAGUCCAGACUUCAGCAGCGCCCUGGCCAGCUCACACAUUCGGGUACCAGCCGUCGGCAACUUACGCCCCUUCAAUAUACGGCCAAGAACUCAUCAGCAACCAGCUAGAUCAAGAGCGUGCCGUUCAAAUGUUUGGAAGCAUCGGGGCUCUGCAUGGCCAUUACGAUGAGCCGUGGAAUCACAUGUUUGGUGCUAGCGUUCCGGGUGCGAUGUCUCUUUCUCACGGUAGUGGGAUUAUGAUGCCGCCUCCGCCGCCGCCGUCUGAUGGUACGAUGGGGGAGCAGCAGGGUGGUGAGAAUACUUUUGGGGCGGGGCAGUUUGGUGGAGGGCAGUAUGGGCAUCAGCCUUUUGAAGGGAUGGGUGGUAAUGGGGGCAGGGGAGGGGGAUAUCUUUGAUGCGAGGGAUCGUUGUCUUCCUGGUGUCGGAGUAUCGGAUCUUUUCUGACUUCUUGAAUGGGAAAAGAAUGGUUAUUGUGGUGAGCGAGCACUUCUUGUUGUAUGUGAAAAGUAAGGUCGGGAAUGUUUUUGUGGGAAGACGUUGAUGUUAUGAGACACUACAUGACUUAUGAGGUAUGAGAAACGACCAGCUCUAUAGCUUGUGUUAGCAGGGUAGAGGCGGGCGAUGAUACCAAAUUUCGAUAUUGAUGCUGAUGUUGAUUUGAGUAUGUGUGGGUUAAUUAGUUAGCUGUUAGGUUAUUGGACAUGGUGGAAUGGAGGAAUGGAGGAAUAAAUGGAUGGAGGGAAGGAAGGAGAGAGGAACAGAAUGAGACUGAAAAUGAGAAUGAAAAUGAAAAUAAUUUGAGCUUGCAAGGACGAGUGUAGAAAGUGUUGAAGUCGC